AUGCAGUCCUUCAUCUUCUUCAUGCUCCUGCUCUCAUCAACAGCCUUCGCCGGCCCCAUCGGCAGAUACCCCCUCCACAAGCGUCACGAAGGCCACGACGACCCAGCCCCAAGCCCAACAAUUUCAACUCCAGCCUCAGAUGGAGUGUCCGUCACCGGGGCCUUCUUCAACCCGCCGCCAACCAACGCUCCCCCAACCGAUGGCUUCAGAAGAAUCGCAACCGUUACAAAGCCUCGCACAUUCGGGUUCAUCGAGGACGGUGUCCAGACCGCAGUACCCGCCGCAGCCUCCGUAGGGCCCAGGGACGUAGACACAUAUGCCACCACCACCGUACCUGCUGGAGAAUAUGCACCGACUGCUGUGGCGGAGGAGGAAGGUGUCGUCGAGGCGGUUAGCGCUCCUGCAUAUACUGCCGCGGAAGUGACAAACUCGCCGGCCGCUACUGCUACUGCUGUUACAGGAUCAUCAACCGCCGCAGCGUCAACAGACAACAAGGCCCUCGCCCUCGCGCAGAACAAAUUCUAUGCCACGCUCACCGCCUCCUCUAGCUGCGACCCCAAGGACCCCAACGUGCUCAACGCAUGCAUCAAUGGCGCCUAUGCGCAGUGCAACUCCGCCGGGAGCUACGUGAUGUACACGCAGUGCGGCAAACCCCUCGGUUGUUUUGCGCUCCCGCUCGAGAAUGGGCCUGGCAUUAGUGUUGCUUGUACUAGCGCUGAUGACGCCGCGUUUAGGAUGGGAUUGAAGAGCGGGAGUGAGCUUGAGGAGAUGCUCGGCGGCGGUGGGAGCGCAAGUAGCUCGGUGGCGCCGAGUACGGUUAGGAGCACGGUGACGGUGACGUCCACGUCGAUGAGGACGGCUACGAGUACGGCUGCGGUGGUGACUUCGUCGGUGUCGGCGCCGGCUACUACUACUGCGGUUGUGGCGCCGACGUCGAGUGCUAGUGCUGUGGUGCCGACGACGACGGCGAGCUCGAGCGCUGCGGUGCCGACUACCACGGCUGCUGCUUCUUCUUCUUCCUCCUCGAGCAGUACAAGCUCGACUCCUGCUCCUACUACUACGCAGGCGCCGGUGACUACUUCGUCUCCUGCGCCUGCGCCGACACCGACUUCGACAACUGCUCCGCCGAACAAUCAGGCGCCAGUCGUGACGGCGAUUCCGAUUGGGGAGAGCGGUAUCCGAGAUUUGAGUUUCUCGGCCGAUACCCUCUGGAAAGGCACCGAAUUCGCUCCCAUUGGUCUCUUUGGGCCCACACACGCUCUGUGGCCGGGUCAGCGUCGUGCUGGGGUUGACUUUGAGAUAUCUCUUCAAAGCCAAGAGAUCCAGUCCCUCAAAAUUGCACGACUCGCCCCCCCACCGCCGCAACACCGCCCGCAGAAGGGUUCUUAUUCUGUCCGCUCCGUAGCUGUCCUGUUACUGCUCCUGAUCGUGCCUGUGUAUCUCGGCGUGACGCUCUCUGCGGAUAACUCGACGACAGCAGAAGUGGCUUCGCAGCUGUUUAGGAGGAUUGGUGGACUUGUUGGAGGAUUAGUUGGAUUUGCAGGUGCUACUAGAGGUGCUGCUUCGCUUUCACCAGCGGUUUCUGUGUCUACGACGGCUACGAUGAGUGCUGAGGCUUCAACGGCGGCGGAUGCGUCGGCGAAGAAGUUGACGCCGGUGUAUUUUGUGUCGCAUGGUGGGCCAAAUGUAAUGUUCGAGACCGAACACCCCGCGUUUGGAAAGCUCCAGGCAAUUGGCAAAGAGAUCACGCAGAAGGUGAAGCCAAAGGCCGUCGUUGUGUUUUCGGCGCAUUGGCAGGCGGGGCGCAGCUCGGUCGAGGUGAAUACUGCAGAGUUUACAGAUCUGAUCUAUGACUACUACGGCUUCCCGAGCCACUACUACAAAGUAAAGUACCCCAACGUCGGGUCCAAGGAGCUCGGAGAGAAGAUUAUCAGCCUGCUGAAAGACGCUGGAAUCUCUGCGGAGGCCACAAAGCGUGGUCUUGACCAUGGUGUUUUCGCGCCUUUCACUUGCAUGUUCCACCCCGAAGACAACCCACUGGGCGUUCCCCUAGUCCAGGUCUCCCUCUUCGGGAACGAAGACCCCAACAAGCACUACGAGCUCGGCAAGGCCGUGUCCAAGCUGCGCGCCGAGGGCAUCGUAGUCAUCGGCUCUGGCAUGGCCGUCCACAACCUCCGCGACCUCAGACUUGCAAUGAUGUCCCCGGGCGCGCUCGAGUACUCCAAAACGUUCGAUGCGGCGCUCAAGGACACCGUGGUCAACGUGGGGUCGGGCGAGGAGCGUAAGACGAAGCUGGCGGAGGUGAUGAAGAGGAGUGAUGCCAGGAAGGCGCAUCCGACUUUUGAGCAUCUGCUGCCGAUCCAUAUUGCCUCGGGUGCGGCGGGUGAUGAUAAGGCGACGCAGCUGUGGACCAUGCCCGAGGGGAGUAUGAGUUGGGCGCAGUAUCGCUUUGGGGAGGUGUCGUUGGUAGCUUAG